AUGUCAUCACCAAUAUAUACUUCUGACAGUCCAAAUUCUCCUCCUUUGAGAGUAAAUUCAAAGGCUUUAGUUUGUAAAUGGGACGAGUGUCCAGAAACUUUUAUAAUUCUAGCCGAUUUGGUAUCUCAUUUGCACGAAGGAAGAAAGAAAGCGAAUUACACUUGUGAAUGGGCGAGUUGUCCUAGGAAAGGAGCUACUCAAACUUCUCGAUUUGCGUUAAUUACUCACCUAAGGAGUCACACCGGGGAGAAACCUUAUGAUUGUAAAGUGCCAGAUUUUUAUUAUUGCCUUCCUCUUUACCUACAUCAUUAA